AUGCGCAGAGCACCAGAAAUCCUCCUCGGAGCGGAGACGUAUUCGACGCCGAUCGAUAUUUGGUCUGUUGGAUGUAUAUUUGGCGAACUCAUACUCCACGAGCCGGUCUUCCAAGCGAAGAAUGAGUUAGAGAUGAUCGGCAUGAUUUUCAGAUUGCUUGGUCCUCCAACCGUCGAGGAGUGGCCUGAAUAUGAGAGUCUUCCAUUGGUGAAGACUUUGAAUAUGCCUGCUCCUCACGCGCCAACAUUGCGACAAAAGUUUUCGUAUCUGACAUCCUCAGGACUGAACUUGAUGGCAUCCUUGCUAGCUUAUGACCCAGAAAGAAGAAUAUCAGCGGAAGAGGCUCUCAAGCACCUGUACUUUCAGGAAUCUCCACUUCCAAAGCACCCUGAUCUCUUUCCAUCAUUCCCUUCGCUUGCCGCUGGAGAAAAGAGGCGAAAACCAUUUGCCAGUCCGUCUGCUCCGGAGCGAGCAAAAGCCAAAGAAGAAUACGACUACGUUUGA